AAAAAUGACGAGGAAAAUAGGAGAAAAAGAGAAGGGCAAAUGGGGGGAAAAUUUUAUCGGGGGCUCUGUUCACCGCUUCACCUUUCCUUUCCUCUUCAUCGGUGGCUAUGGCUUCUCACCGUCGUCGACCCUUUCAACGGCCACCACAAUCACUCCGAUCACCUUCCAGGGCCGAAAACCUACCCUCUUCAGGCACCCGAGUUCCCAUGGAUGAAGUGCGCUCUUCAAAUCAAGUUCUCAUUGAUGAAAUGGAUUCUUCAAAUCCAGUGAAUGUAUUCGGAUCCAUAUCUUCAGAUCAGGCAAAGCAAGUUCAUCUUGAUAAAAAUCCGAGUGACCCUUUGGCAGUUGAACGAUCUCAGACUUAUAAUGAAGAGUGGCAAAGACUUAGAAGAUGGGCUGCAACUCAACUCCACACUGCAUCUUUUGGCUUGAUCUGUAUAAUUCUGGGAGUGAUAUUGAUGAUUUUAGCUCCCAUUGGUGCCCUGAGGCAGAUCAUCCUCCAAGCCAAGACCUUCGAAGUGUUCUCAUGAUGAUCUUCCCAUUGCAAAGAGGAUGGAUUUGAUUGAUUGGCUGAGAAGUUGAAUAAUGGUGCUUGUCCCAAGAGCCAAAUGAAACAGUUGGGUCUCGUCUUAAGAGUUCUAUAGUCUUCUGUUCUUUUUAUUUGCUUGUACAGUGCUCUGUUAAAUAUGUCACAUCAAAUAUUAAACACAAUGAAGCAUAUAAUAAUAUAUCCUCAAGCCUUAUGAUUAAA